AUGCAGCCUAACCUGUUCGGGCGAGAAGGUCAGUGGAUCAGGGCAUACUAUCUCGUCCAGUCACGGAGCAAACCGCGUGCCUGGUGGGAGCCUCGCCCGUUCAGCCGUAGCCAGCAGCCGGUUGUAGGCGAGAAUAAACGCGACGAUGUAAAACUGGAAAUGCCACCGAAGGCCAGCUCAUUUCACGGCCAUGCAACUAGCGAGCGAAUGCGGCUUUCGGGCGGCGUACUUUACGAGGGCAGGCUCUUGCAAACGCUAUGGUCAGCGUCCGGUGCUCAGCGCUGGGCGUCCGGUGGCGACUGCCUGACCUACAAGGCUCCAAGGGAUUUCGAGCUGGCCGUUGCAAAGGGGAAAAAAGGGCAGGAAGAAAAGAGGGCAGGUGCAACUGCCACGUUGUGUGGCACUACUCCGUAG